ACGUGUACGUAGGGGCCGGCCGGAAGACUAAGGCUGGAGCUGACGCGGCCGGGUUUGGCCGGGCCGGGCUAGGCGAUGGCGGCCGUGGAGCGGGACGGGGAUCAGCUGUCCACGCGGCCAGCCCUAGAGACCGAGGGGCUGCGCUUCCUUCACGUCACGGUGGGCUCCCUGCUGGCUACCUAUGGCUGGUACAUCGUCUUUAGCUGCAUUCUUCUCUACGUGGUCUUUCAGAAGCUCUUCACCCGGCUGAGGGCCUUGAGGCAGAGGCAGCUGGAUCGAGCUGCCGCUGCUCUGGAACCUGAUAUUGUUGUUAAACGACAGGAGGCUUUAGCAGCUGCUCGUUUGAAAAUGCAAGAUGAAUUAAAUGCACAAGUUGAAAAGCAUAAGGAGAAACUAAGACAGCUUGAAGAAGAGAAAAGGAGACAGAAGAUUGAAAUGUGGGAUAGCAUGCGAGAAGGAAAAAGUUACAAAGGAAAUACAAGAAAGCCUCAGGAAGAAGACAGUCCUGGGCCUUCUACUUCCUCAGUCAUCCCAAAACGAAAAUCUGACAGAAAGCCCUUGCGGCGAGGAGGUUACAGCCCUUUGUCUGGUGAAGGAGGUGGAGCCUGCUCCUGGAGACCUGGACGCAGAGGUCCAUCGUCUGGUGGAUGAGGCUAAGAAUCUUGUUAGUGUUGCUUUUGACACUAGCAAGAUGAAUCCUUAACCCUCGACUCAAUUGCCUUAUGCACGCUUUUCACAGUGACUACCCAGGGGGAGGGGGCUUUCUUUCUGUUCUUAACUGCAUCUGUGUCUUCAAGGGUUGAAGGCAGCCUAUAGAGCAUGGACGUGGUCACUAGGCAGUAGUUGCAGUUGGUCACACUGCACUGAAGCCAGUGACUGUGUUCACUGAUUUCAUGGGUCAUUGCUAGUUGAUAGCUAAAGGCCUCCAAGUGAUUGGCAAUCUUGAUAAAAGAGACCUGGCAAUGAUCCUUCAAGUUAACAGGUCCUUGCUGGUAGGACAGUCUCUGUGACAGGUUGCGUUGAAUGAUGUCUUCCUUGUAAAUGGUGAGCCCACCAGCGAGGAUUACUGAUGCAGAGAGUUGAUGGGGUUGUUUCUGUAUAUUUAUUUUUAUGUACAGAGCUUUGUUAAAAAAAAAAAAAAAAAAAGAAACUAAGUAUAAAAAAAAUUUGCAAGGAACAUUUUUAGCAUCUUUAUCAAAUUUAAGGAAAUUUCAUUAUGAACUUGAAUUUGUCUAUCUAAUAUUACACAGCUUUUUAUUAUUCAUAACCUCCCACUAAUAUUAUUUUCCCUUCUCAUUAUUCCUCACCUGCAAUGAGCAUGGCAAGUGGCAGAUAGCUGUAGUGAUUUUCAGAGUUGGCAGGCUCCUUGGGGUUUAUCCACAAAAUCAGGCACUUGGAGUUGUUUCUGAAUUAAGAGGAUAAAGAAACAUCUUGCCUAGAGGUACCUCAGGGGCCAAUGAGGUUUCUGGGAGCCCUUUGGGUCAUCCCUCUUGCACUCAUUUCUUAUGUACUUGUCUAGAACUUUGGUCAAGUAUGCUAUAAAGGGCCUGAUAGUAAAUAUUUUAGACUUUG